UCCCUGGGCCACGGGCCCUGGGCUCAGCUUAGCCAGCAGUGAUCCCCUGGGCUCUUAUCUCUAGGGUCCCUCUUUGUCAACUUGCCUACUGAUUUGCCUACUGGUGGUGGGGCUGCCUGCUGGCUUUGAAGCCCCGCCCCCAGCUCCCAUCCAAUCACAGCCCCUCCUUCCGGAGGCUGGGCUGAAGGGCUGUACUCCUAGCGGAGCUGCUAGUUUGGCACUAGCUCCCAGCCGGGGAUGAUGCUCUGCUGCUGCUGUCACCACUGCCAGCAACUGCCCAGUGCGGUGGGGCUGCUGCUGCUGCUGCUGUUACCACCACUGGGUGAGUGCAGGCGUACUAGACCUGGGCCUUACACCCUCAUCAGGCUGGGUGUAGGGUGUGUGGGAGCUGGGGCACAGCCUUCCUGAGCGCUGGGAGCCAGUGUGGCAAGGAGGUGCAAGGGCUCUAUGGCGGGAAUAAUGUGUACUGGUGUCUUUAGAACUGAAAGUGAGGGGUGUGAACUGAGCCCUGGUUGUGGGGGAAGGACCUCAAAAUUUCACAGCCCCCAUUCUAAUAAAGGGAAGACAUAGCCUUUGGUGAGACUCAGACCAGCUUUGGGGUCCCCCUGAGGUGUUCUGUUAGAAUCUGGCCUGGAUCCUGACACCCUCUAUCUUGCCCUACUUGUCUGAAAUACUUGUUUUGGAUGGGGUGGGAAAGCCAAGCAAAGUUUGUCUAAACUGCAGAGAGACUGGAUGGUGCUGGGGAGGGGAAGUGUGGCCCUGGACCCUGUCCCCCUUUAUCUUGUCCUGGCUCCUUCAUUCGGAUCAUCUUUACCCGACUUGGGGCUGCAGAAGCCCCAGAAGCUCAGAGGAAGAGCUGACCCCUGGGAUGUGAGGACACUACCCUGCCUUCCGCUACAUUGAGUCUGUUCAGUCCCACCUAGAAUAGAGCCCAGGCAGGUGAUCCCAGAUGUGCCCCUCAUUUCCCCGGGGUACCUCUUUCACGCUGAGUCAUGUCCCCAGAGCUUGCCAGAGUAAAUAAGCCCCUGGGAGUUGGGAGGUGGGCCAGUUCAUCCUAUCAACUAUUUUCCACCCCUAACCCCAGUCCUUUUAUCUCCACUGGAGGCAGCUGCCGUGGGCCAAAGCCGCUGUGACAUAUACCAGGGCUUUGCCAAGUGUCUCAUCCGCUUGGGGGAUGGCAUGGGUCACGGAGGCGAGCUGGAGACCAUCUGCAGGUCUUGGAAUGACUUCCACACCUGCGCCUCUCAAGUUCUGUCGGGUUGCCCGAAGGAGGCGGCUGCGGUGUGGGAGUCACUACAGCAAGAAGCUCGUCGGACCCCGCACCCAGAUAACUUGCACACUCUGUGUGGCAGCCCUGUGCACGUCUGGGAGCAUGGUGCAGUCCCCGAGACCAACCAGGAGACACUGAGGGGGACAGCACCUGCCCUAACCCCAGCCCCUGCUCCCCUGCUGCUCGCGGCUGCUCUGGCAUUUGUUUGCCUCCUGGGGCCUCUGGCCUAGCCAUUGGGGUCAAGUAGCAGUGCCCCUGCUGCCACCCCAGCUCUGGUGGCUGUCCUCGAAGCUCUGUAAGGUGCAUUCAGCUUUCAU